AUGAUAGACGCCGGUGAAGAGCGCCGGCGUCGGCAGAAAAAGGAGUGGGAGAUGCGGCCAGGUGGAAUGCUGGUUCAGAAAUGGAACCCAGAUUCCGAUAACCACCCGUCGCCACCCACCAUCCUGGUCCAGGUUAAGUACGGGUCAGUUUACCAUGAAAUCAAUAUCAGCUCCCAAGCUACUUUUGGGGAUUUGAAAAACAUGUUGUCUGGCCUGACAGGAUUGCACCACCAAGAUCAGAUGUGGUUGUUUAAGGAUAAAGAGAGAAAUUUCAAUGCCUUUCUUGAUGUCCCCAACGUGAAGGACGAGUCUAAGAUGGUUUUAGCUGAGGACCCAAAAUGGUCGCCGCUCCGUCAACGGUGA